UGAAUGGCCACCGGUUUUCAGGGGGAGAUUCUAUUUCUAUUUCUAUUUCUUUUUCUUUCUCUUCCACUGUGUCAAACCAAACCAAACAGAUUAUACACACCAACACUUCACUUUCUUUCCAACAAACGAUUUGAUUUUUGUGGUUCUCCUUUACAGAACCUCUCAAGCUCCUUCUAUGGAUGUCGUCCCUCGUCACUGGUACUUCCACUCUACUAAUACCAUACUUCUUUUUAUCUAUUACCAUGCUUUCUGAAAUUAGGCACAUAGAAAGGGCUUGCUAAGAAUUGGAGUAUAAUUUCAAAGUUGGAAGAUGGUUUUUGGAUCUGAAAUGUUCUGAUUCACGAUGGGGUUACUGGAAGUGACGACAUGUUGUAUAACCGAAAGGAUUUUGAUUGAUUUUUACGGAGCAAUAGGCGGGUGACAUGGAUACUUCAUCUGAGUCUGGUUCGCAGACGCAGAGAUCAAUUCCGUCCAUCAUUCCCCGGUUCUCCGGCGAUACUGAUCAUGAUCCCACGGAUAUUAGCUUGAGACAGUGGUUAGACAACAGAGAAAGAUCCAUUGACGCCCUUGAAAACAUGCAUAUAUUUAUGCAGAUAGUAAAAAUUGUGAGCCUCGCACAUUCCCAAGGGCUUAUAGUUCAUAACAUUCGACCUUCCUGCUUUGUCAUGUCAUCAUUUUCUCAUGUAUCGUUUAUCGAAUCUGCUUCCUGCUCCGAUUCAAGUUCAGAUUCUGACCAGGAUGUAUCAAGCAGCCAAACCGAUUCUUACAAGAACUUGCCAAAUGAUUUCCGUAACACGUCAGAAAACAAACAAGUUAUUGUUAAACAAGAAGAAGAAGAAGUAGAAGAAACGAAACAUGUGUUUCCCAUGAAACAGAUUUUACAUAUGGAAAUGAAGUGGUAUACUUCGCCGGAGGAGGCUGCCGGAGGUCCAACUUCUUGUUCUUCUGAUGUUUAUCGACUUGGGGUUCUUCUUUUUGAGUUAUAUUGCCCUUGUAGUUCACCAGAAGAAAAGAACGCAACCAUGUCUACCCUCAAACACCGCCUCUUUCCUCCACAGUUUCACUGCAAGUGGCCAAAAGAAGCCUUCUUUUCCAUGCGCUUACUGCACCCUGAUCCAGCUAGCAGGCCAAAAAUACAUGAAGUGUUACAAAGUGAGUUUCUUAGUGAACCUAAAGAAAAGUUGGAUGAAAGAGAAGCUGCAAUAGAGCUUGAAGAAAAGAUAGUGGAGCAGGAUAUGUUGCUGGAAUUUCUUUUAGAGAUUCAACAGAGAAAGCAGGAAGCUUUAGAUUACUUGCAUAGAGAUGUUACAUUUCUGUCUUCUGAUUUGCAAGAAGUUACAAAUUCUCAAACAUCAAUUAGAAAAAAAGGAGGGUCUCAUUCGGUUUUUGGGGUUUCGCCUUCUGAAAAUGACAAUUCCAGAAAACGCAUAAGAACACAAGAAAAUCAAGAAAAUGGCAUCCCCAAAUGUUCAAGAUUGAUGAAAAACUUCAAGAAACUAGAAUCGGCCUACUUUUCAACUCGACAUAAAACAUCCAAACCAAAUAGCAAUCCGUUCUUGGAGGGACUUUCAAAGUACAUGUCAUACAAUAAUUUAGAAGUGAAGGCAGAGUUGAAACAGAGUGAUCUUUUAAAUUCUUCAAACCUUGUAUGCUCAUUGGGAUUUGAUCGUGAUGGGGAGUUUUUUGCAACAGCGGGUGUAAAUAAGAAAAUCAAAGUUUUUGAAUACGAUUCAAUCUUGAAUGAGAAUCGAGACAUUCACUUCCCUAUUGUUGAAAUCCCAACUAGAUCAAAACUAAGCAGUAUUUGCUGGAAUCGAUACAUCAAAAGCCAGAUUGCAUCAAGUAAUUUUGAAGGUCUUGUGCAGAUUUGGGAUGUCACUCAAAAUCAAGUAUCCGCAGAAAUGAGAGAGCACGCAAGACGUGUCUGGUCUGUUGACUUCUCAGUGGACCCCACAUUGCUCGCGAGUGGGAGUGAUGAUGGCUCUGUUAAGCUUUGGAACAUUAAUCAGGGAGGGAGUAUUGGUACGAUUAAAACGAAGGCGAAUGUGUGUUGUGUUAAGUUUCCAUGUGAUUCUAGUAAUUUUGUUGCAUUUGGGUCAGCAGAUCAUAGAGUAUAUUACUAUGAUCUACGAAAUUUGAGCAUACCACUUUGCACAUUGUUUGGACACAAAAAAACCGUUAGUUACAUCAAGUUUGUAGAUUCAAAAACUCUUGUAUCAUCGUCUACUGAUAACACAAUGAAGCUUUGGGAUUUGUCAGACUGCACAUCUCGAGUUCUUGAUCGCCCACUUCAGUCAUUCACUGGCCAUGUCAACAUGAAGAAUUUUGUUGGUUUAUCUGUAUCGGAUGGCUACAUUGCUACCGGUUCAGAAACAAACGAGGUAUUCAUCUACCACAAGGCUUUCCCUAUGCCUGCAUUGUCGUAUAAAUUCAAGGCCACAGAUCCAAUAUCGGGAAAUGAAGUGGAUAGCAACGAACAAUUCAUUUCAUCUGUUUGUUGGCGAAAUCAGUCCUCCACUUUAGUUGCUGCAAAUUCUAUGGGAAAUAUCAAAAUCUUGGAGAUGGUUUAGUUUUCAAAUUAUACAAGUUUUAGGAUUAGGUUAUAUGCAGAUCUUUGUGUAUAAAACUCAGUAGAGAGGUAAAAACACGGGGGAAA